GUGUGACCUGAGCCGCUAUAAGCGAGCUGUUGGUCUGAUCCAGGUUACAGCGUGACAAGAUGGGAAAGAUCGAAGAGGUUAUCCCAGACGAAGAGAUCGAGCGUCUCGCGCAGCAAAGUGGAAUUUACGAGCGGUUGCCUGCCGACUUUGUCCCGUUCAAGCCGGGGGUCGAGCAGCGACAGACUGCGCAAGCGCACGCCUGGGCCAACUAUUCUGACUCUGAAGAGGACGAACCUGACGACGAUUCGGAUUCCGGAGAUGACGGCGAGGAUGACUAUGGCGCAGAUGAAUACUCGGUUCAGGGUACGAGCGCGCAGCAAGUCAUGGAGGAUGCGAAUCGAGAUGGCAUGAACCCACAAGUGGAGGAGGCAUUUGAUGUCAUUAUUUGGACCAUGCCAUUUGGGUUCCUGUUCUUGCUGCUAGAUAUCAUGAUACAGCAGCAGUACGCACAGCAUCCGAGUUUCCUGGGUGAAAUGACGAAGAUGCUCGCAAAUGUGCCGAUACUCGGAACUUUCGUAUAUAUUACAAUGCCCAAGAAGGGGAAGGAUCAGCCUUUGCUUCAAGCAGGUUUGUUCCUGGUCGGAAUCCUCAGCGGCUGCUCCUUUUUGUGGGUCAUGGCCAAGUCGGACUGGGAAGUUGUCAUGCGCCGGACGCCGCCGUUGGGCACCGUGUGGGUCUACUCUAUCGUCCGACUUCAUCUCUUCCCCGCCUGUGUCAGCUUGGCUAUAGUCGCAGCCUUCGUGAGGUUCGCCGAUUUGAAUCUUAGGAUCUUCAACAUGUAG